UAGAUCCGUGUCCUGGUCCCCAGUUUUCUUCUUCAUUGCCUCUCACCCUUUCUGCUCCAAGUUCUGCCAUAACUAAGACCUCUCCUGCCCUGCCUUCGCUUAAGGCUCCUCCGCCUCUGUGUCCUCCACCCCCUGAAGGAUAUCUAUCCUGCCGCUUCCUAGGGCCACCAUUCUGUAUUGCAAACGCUGUGCCGGGCUUUUUUCCUUCCAGUGCGCGCCACCCGGUCCUUGAUAGCGAGAACACCAGGUCCUUCCGGCGCUCGCUGCCCGGCCCCUGGCUCCGGGGACUCCGGGGACACCGGGUACUUCCGGCUUUCGGGUGGGAAAGUGGUGGGAAGCGUCGCGGCUCCGACCGAUCACUUAGGUGAUCUCUGCGCUCUGAGCAGCCUCAGGUCAGUGCAGAGGCCGGAGGUCUGUGCCAGCGCGAUGGCGCGGAAGAAAGUACGGCCCCGGCUGAUCGCGGAGCUGGCCCGCAAGAUUCGCGCCUAUCGGGAGCUGAAGUCGCGGCCGCGAGACUCGGAGCGCUUCGCCUUGGACUACGAGACCAUGACGCGGCCAAGGACCGGCCGCCGCCUACCGGAGCGGGCCUGGGCCGAUGUGCGGAAUGAGAGCCGCCUUCUGCAGCUUCUCAGCCGCCUACCGCUCUUCGGCUUAGGCCGCCUUGUCACGCGCAAGUCCUGGCUCUGGCAGCACGACGAGCCCUGCUACUGGCGCCUCACUCGCGUCCGUGCGGACUACACGGCACCGAAUUUGGAUCAUGGAAAAGCCUGGGGGAUCCUGACCUUCCAAGGUAAGGAAAAUGGGGGGCUACAGGGCUCUGUGGCUGAUUGCAAAGCAGACACCAGCCACAUACUUCAUGGUAACAAGACUGACUAUGUCAGCAAUAUGUCCCCAUUUGCUUCAACUUUUCCUCAGGUAAGACAGAGAGCCAAGAAAAAGAGAUUGACCAGGUCAUGUACCACGAUUGGAGGCUGGUACCCAAGCAUGAGGAGGAAGCCUUUAAGAACUUUAUCCCCAAGUCAGAGGAAACCAACCGAUAUGUACCCUAUCCUCCUUUGCUCCGGGCAAUGAUCUUUGCAGAACGACAGAAGCAGGGCAAUCUCAGCACUGAGGAACCCAUGAUAGAUUUAGAGAAAAGAAUUGUUUUUCAAGAGCAAGAUGCCAAGAACCAAGCAGAGGGCACUCCAGUAUAAAGGUUCUAAACAGCAUGUUUGGCCAAGUGCAGUGUGAACUUACCUUCCGAACAUCCUUUUUAAAAGAAUAAUUUCAAGAAGUUAUAUUUUAGAAAUCCAGUUUUAUAUACUGUGUCUCUGGUGAUGCACUGACUAACCUGAACCCAUGGAGCCCAUUUGGUAGAGGUUGUGGUAAAGUUUAGCCUUUUAUAAAGCCUGUGCCCUUUCACCAUAUCUCAUUGUACCACCACUGAGUGUCCUGUCAGUUGGGCCUCUUAAUUUUCCUUGAGAAAGUUCUGGAAGGGUUUUUGGGAGAGGUCACAGAGGCAGAGGUGCCUCGUGUGCUGCACAGCACAUUUGUGUUUGUCCGUCAGUCCAUGGACAUUCUUCAAGCUUUAGUUGAAUAUCUGACUCUUAGAGUAGUCCAGUCUGCAUGAAGCAGAUAAAACUACUCUUGAGCUUCCUUUACUUUUAUUUUACCAUUCACUGGGAGUCAUAUACAAAUAAAUAAUUCUGUACAAAUAAAGGAAGGCAAACUCUU